AUGCUGAAUAAUUAUGAUGCGAUCAUUGGUGAUGUAACUAUAUUGGCCAAUCGGUCAAAGUAUGUGGAGUUUACUCAACCAUAUAUAGAAUCAAGCUUGACCAUGGUAGUAACUGAGAAACUUGAAGCUGAGAAGGCAUGGAUGUUCUUAAAACCCUUCACCAUAGGCAUGUGGGUGGCAACCGGCGCCAUCUUGACAUACACCAUUUUCGUAGUUUGGCUUUUGGAGCGCCAGAGUAACCCAGAAUUUGAAGGGCCAUGGAAACGUCAGCUUGGCACUGCAUUUUGGUUCACUUGCUCUUCACUUUUCUUUGCCCAAAGUAAGGAGAAGGUUCACAAUAGCUACACUAGGGUUGUGGUGGUGGCAUGGCUUUUCGUGGUGCUGGUUUUGAACUCAAGCUACACAGCCAACUUGUCCUCAAUGUUGACAGUGAAGAGGCUGCAGCCAAAUGUCACGAGCCUGGAUUGGUUGAAAAGCCACGAUGCAAUGAUCGGCUAUGAUAGCAAUUCCUUCGUAAACAAAUACUUGGCGGAUGUGCUUGGUUUUAAGCCACACAACAUCAAAAGCAUUGACGUGCAAGAACAAUAUCUUGAUGAAUUUCGAAGUGGUAAUAUCUCCGCCGCUUUCCUUGAACUCCCUUUUGAAAGGGCCUUUCUUCAACGGCAUUGCAUCGGCUACACUGGCAUAGUGCUCCCAGAUAGGUUUGGAGGAUUUGGAUUUGUAUUCCAAAAGGGCUCCCCAAUAGCUGCUGAUUUCUCAGAAGCCAUUCUCAACUUAUCGGAAACUGGGGUGCUCAAAAGACUUGAAGCCAAAUGGUUUUCCCCCUCUAGUGAGUGUUUAACACACGAAGAUUCCUCCCAAACCGGCAGCCUGAGUUGGAAAAGUUUCGGGGGCCUCUUCCUCUUCACUGGCUUUACUUCCACCUUCUGUUUUCUUUUAUCCCUUGUUCAUGGCUGGUUUGCACAACACAGCCAUGAACCGCUUACAGGUGGUUCAACUGCAACCAACCGUAACUUACUGACCAACCUGGCACGGUUCUUCCUCAAGAAGAAGGUAAGGGCUCUAGAGGGGAACUCCGGGCAACAAUUAGAGACCUCUAUGCAUCAGAUAACCUGUAAUAAGUAG